AUGGGUGGCAGAUCGAUGCCUUGCGCGCCCAUGCCCAGCCAACAAAAAGCCAAGCUCGAGCCCUCGCUGCGACAGCCAUUUGGGUCCGCGACGACGAGCCCUCCGCCGCGCGUUGACUGAGACGCGUCGUGCUGCGAUCAGGCUUGCCGCGCAAACUCAGCGGAGCGAGAAACCGCCGAAGCCAGGGAGCGAGAGACCUAAAACUACUUAGGGCUCAGCUCCAGGCUAUCUCUACGCGCGCCGAGCAAAAAGGAAAGGAUGGCCCUCCGCGCCGUCGCGCGGACCCUGGCGCCGCGCCUGGCGCCCGCCCGGCGGGGCCUCGCCGCCGAGGCCGCGGCCGAGCCGCCCGUCAAGCUCUUCGGCAUCCACGCGCGCUACGCGUCGGCGGCCUACGUGAGCGCGGCCAAGGGCGGCAAGACGGCCCAGGUCGAGGGCGAGCUCAACGCUUUGGCCGCGACGCUCGCCAAGGACGCGUCGCUCGCCGGCUUCGUGAAGAACCCGACGAUUCCCCGCGCCGAGAAGGUCGCGGCCGUCGAGAAGUUGUUUGAGGGCAGUAAAGCGUCCAGCAUCACCGUGAACACGCUCACGACGCUCGCGGCGAACGCCAGGUUGGGCGAGGUCGAUAAAGUGAUCGAGGCUUAUGCUACAUUGAUGAAGGCCGAGCGCAAGGAAGUCGACGCCGUCAUCACGUCGGCGACGGAGCUGACCGCGGCCCAAACCAAAAAGAUCUCCGCGGCGCUCAAGCCCCAUCUUAAACAAGGCGAGACGGUCAAGCUCUCGGCGAAGGUCGACCCCAGUCUCUUGGGCGGCCUCACCGUGCAGAUCGGCGACAAGUACCUCGACCUGUCCGCCGCGACGAAGAUCGGCGCCAUCUCGCGCGCCCUAUGA